AUGACCGCCUUUCUUUUCUGGUUAUUUUUACACCAUAUGCAAUUUGAUGUACGCGAUAAUAGAAGAGGAAUCUCCGUUGUAAAGGAAAAAGUGGCUUUUUCGCUCUGCUAUUCAAACAGUGUCUUGCUUGGCGCUAAGUUUUCCUAUUUGGGCCUGCCAAGCACGUGCCAAAACGGGUAA